AAACAUAGACGUGAAGUUAGUUCAUCUAUCAAUAAAUAAAAUAAUAUAGUCUGUGGUUACGGGAUUCACCGAAAAGUGUUCACAAAAUGUUUUUAUUUCGUAUCAGUAGAUAAGUUAAAUUAAUAAAUGCAUAAAAUUCAACAGUUGACUCCUCACUAUCGCCUGUGAAGUGCGAAAUUGAAGUGUAACUACAGUCAGUUGUGAAAUAGGUUAAUUUGCAAUUGAAAGAGUGCGUAUGCAAGUCUAAAUAUAAAUAAAAUAAACGAUGAAUAGUAAAAUGGAAGACGAAGUGGAAACAAAACUGUGUGAGAAUUGCAAGCGCGAGAUCCCGACGGUGAACUUCACAAUCCACAACGUGCACUGCGCGCGGAACAUCCGAGUGUGUCCCGUUUGUAAGGAGCCCGUGCCGUAUGCGGAGCUCAAGGAACAUCAUGAGAAACUGCAUAAAUUAUUACCUUGCAAGAAAUGCGGCGAGCAAGUGUGCGGAACAGACUUGGAGGACCACAUCCGCGACUCGUGCGCUCACACCAUCAAGACAUGCAGGUACUGUGAGUUGGAACUCCCUCGACGCGACCUACCCGCGCAUGAAAACUACUGCGGGGUGCGCACUGAACAAUGCCCCGACUGCCGCGAGUGGGUCAUGAUCAAGUACCGCCAUCUGCACGUCGAGUCCAACCAUGGGUUCAUUCGGCUGGAUGAUGACCCUCCCCCGGUAAUAAGGAAGGAACUCCCCAAAGGUCCUGCAAAGCCGGUGACGACGAAAGCGACGAGCACCAACACUGGCAUCAACAACAUGCCCUCGACCAGCAACGGCUUCUCAAGACCUGCGUCUUCCAAUGUUAAUAGAACCAAUGGAGUGAAGAAUGUUAACGUGCCUAGGACUGAAAUGAAGUACUUCAGCAGCGGUAGUUCCAGUUCAUCAUCAUCGUCCCUGGCGGGCGAGGGGCCGUCCGACUGGCGAGCCCCUCAGACCAACGGCUCCAAGGCACCCGCCAAGAGGAACAAUGAUCAGCCACAGAUCAAUACCAAUAUGGAGACUACGAAAAAAACUGACAAGGAUUUGAGUAUUUCCCGUGGUGCCGUGAAGAAGCGUCCGGCUCCGAAGCCGCCGAUUCGCUCGCCUCCCGAGAACCCGCGUCGCGACCUGCCCUACUACAGCGCUAUGGAACGACAGCAACGAGAGGAGAGACAGCGACAAGAACAGACGGCAUAUAACUUGUCUGUGGGUCUACCACCCGUACUAAGUCCAGCGGCGAAACUCGAAAAACUGCGAAAAAUGGACGCCCUGCAAAACCCAGAAACCCACGUAGACUACAAGAGUCGUCUCCAAGGUCGUUUGAAUAAGAGUCCUGAGUUACAUCCUAGCCCAGGCUUUGUUUUAGGCCAUCCUUCUAGCUCAGACCCUGAGAGGCGACGGCAGGAGUUCCAGAACUUGAAGCCGAUGACUCCUCAGGAGUUUCUAGAGAGGUUCAAUGAGAUGCAGCUGAGGAAGGAGGAGGAUGGGAGACGGAAUAACGGGGAGAACGAUGUGAGGAGGAAGAGUGCGGAUCGGUUCAGUGAGAUCAAGUCCUCGUUGAGAGAGCUGCGUAGGGGAUUGAAUGAGGUGACAGCUCCGUACCAUUCAAACCCCAACAUCCCGGCUAACCAAAAUAACAAUAAUAAUAUCAACGGUAACGACCGCGGCAAUCGUUCCGGCCGUGCAUCCCCGGCUAACGACGAUGUGCGGCUGCCGUGCGAGUUCUGCAACUCGCUCAUACCCGCACACAACCUCGUGCAGCAUCAGACGGGUUGCCGGCCGGACCUGGCACAGCUGCGGCCUCGCAGCGCGUCGCUGCAGGGGGCGGCGGCGCGGGCGACGGCGGAGCCCGACGAGGAGCCCGUCAUACCCUGCGAGUUCUGCACCGAGUCGCUGCCUGUCUACCUCAUCAGCGAACAUCAGGAGCGAUGUGGCAGGGAGGCCAAUCUUCUAUAUCCUGACUGAACGAGUCUUCCUCUAGAUUAACCAUUUACAUACUAUAGCUAUACUUAAACGUAACAAUUCAAUAGUCUCGAUGUAUACCAAUUCUCAAGCAAUUUCUUCUUAUGUGUUGCAAUCUAUAAAAAUUCAGUAUUCAAUGUUUGUUUCUUAAAUGUCUAAGAUUAAUUUUGUCCGUACAGGAAAAGCUAGUUACUGUUAAAAAUAUAAUGCAUUUUAUUUUUCUUUUCAUAUUUAGUUACUUUUUCUAUAUGACAAAAAACUGCAUUUUUCUGUACUAAGUAUUUCUUGAAACUUUUCGUCUAUGUCUGUUAACUUUAAAAACACGGUAACUGGCUUUUACUGUAUAAGAACAAUUUGAUCUCGAAAAAAAAUAUUUGGAAUCGAGGUAGCUAUAAAAAUUAAGAAAUGGACGUCCGAUAAUAAGAAAAUUAAAAAUUGAAUGGAUAGACUUGAUGAAUGUGACUUAUUAAAAAGCUCUUUAGGAAUGAUGGUAAAAUGGUAAGUAGGUAUACGACCCAGGCGGUUAUAAAAGGAUUUCUUGUAAAAUGCUGAGCAUAUUUUGAGAAAGGUGAAAAUCUAAAAGAUAUUUUUAAUUAAGUUAAAAAAAAAACUUUCGAGCUUCGUUCAAAUUUUGAUUAAAAAAUAAAUUACGUGGAGCAACCAGUGAGAUUUAUUUGACAACUGUGAUCAAUUAAUUCUCGCAUUUCAGUAGCUACUUACAUUCUAAGAUAGCUAAACCACAUAAUGCAUUUAAAUAUGUAUGUUUAACUUUAUACCAAAACUGUAAUGUAUAAUGUAGUUGCCAAAACGUUGAUCACAGAUGUUCAAAAUUUUGUAUCUGGUUACCCAUUCCUUGCAAAGACCAAUGGAGGUAUGUAUAGCGUCAUGAAAAAUAUAUAGUGACAUUUAUUUUCUUAGUUUCCUUAGAGUCGAUAGUGUCAUUAAGUUUGGGACAAUAAAUUGUUUGUAAAGCUCAAUUUUUAGACCUAUUCAUAUUUUUUUAUUGAUGUAAACUUCUAAAUCUGAUUAGUAAACAUCAUACUGAGCUAAAGCUCUUAAAUAUUUGUGUAGUAAACUAAAAAUACUUAUCAAUAUUUCGCCAAAAAUAAGAUGUUUCAUAUAUGUGUAAUAUUUAGAUGUUUUUGAAAUUCCUGCGCAGACGAUUGAAGUCUUAGAACUGAUAUUUUAUACUCUAUGGUUCUUGUUGUUGAAACAGUUCAAUCGAUCAUUUGCGCAGGCUCCGAAGGUGCCACAUUAGAAAAUAUACUUAAUUAAAACUUUUUUAGCCACGGUCAAAUAAAAAGCCAAAUGAAAAAAUGGCGUUUAAAAAUAAUAUUUUUUAGAUGAUGAGAGUUUUUGCGCCAUCCUAAAGUAAACUUUAGUGUUGCAAAGUAUCUAUUAAAGUAGAAUAUUCCUUUCUUUAGCUUAAUUUUGUUUGCGCAAGCAUUUUUUUUACAUUUCGUAAUUAUUACUCUGGUAUUGUGUUAUCAAAUAUUAAAAAAAAAACUAAAUAUUUUAAUGUAAAGAGCAAGAUUUUUUGACGCUUAGUGUCAUUGCACAAAUUCGAGGCUCAAAUCUUAUUUAUCGAUUAAAGAAAGUGGCACCUUAAUAAGGAUAUUACGGUAGCUUUUUAAGACUUUUGUAAAAACUUAUUACAUGACCGUUAGAUGUAAGAUGAUUGUGAUCUUCACUUUUUUAAACCUGCAAUAUUUCCAAAAUACCGUAUGCCCUUAAAUAAAAUACCCCAAACUUAUUUGAUUUAAAAAAAAAACGAUCAAUUGUCUUAUCUACAUUGAUUAAAUUAAUGUUUUAAAUUCUCAAAUUUAAUACAUAUUGAUGUGAAACAUUAUUUAAAUACCACAAUGCAUAUAGGUCUGACUGUACUCGCAUGUGUUAAUAUAAAGAUAGGUACCGAAUAUAGUAUUUGUCACUGUUUUAUUUUUAUUUUACUCAUUUGCAGAAGUCAUCUAAAUAUUGUAAUAAUUUACUUUGAAAUCAGGGAUAUAAUUUCGUUGCUCUCCUAUUCAGUAAUAUAUUAUCUUUAUGCAUAAAGCUACAGUUUUAAUGUUUAAUUUUGUUUAUGAUAUAUGUGGCUUAAAAGCAGGUGGCAAUUUUUAUGAGGCUUAUUCUACGGUAGCUAUAAGUUUACUCAAUAAAUGUUCAGUAAAAUUUCAGUGUGUAUACAAUUAAUUUGAAUCAAAUGUCUAGAAAGUAAGUUCUUGGAUAUUAUAAGCAUGUUUUAGUUUAUAGUCAAUGUUUAAUAUAUUCUUCUAGGCCAAUGACUGUUUAUGUAACGUUGUAUAUUUUUGUGAUAACUCUUGAUUCUUUAUUAUGACGAAUAAAUGUGAAAAUUGAAUUAA